UUCAGCAUAUCCGAAGCUUCUCCAGCUCAUACUGCCUUUGACUGCCUCUCACUGCCGCCCGCCGCAUCGCAGCCCGGCAACCCGGACCUGCAGAACGUAAGCGACGACAAGACCCAAGAUAGUCGUAGCCCAGAUUGAACCAAGAUGGCGGGGUGGAGCCAAGGGUCCCUGAGGCCUUUCUGCAGCAGCCACUCAGGGCACCGACGCCAGCCGUCCGCCAUGUUAAAAUGCCAGCCUCCAGCGCGCCAUCCGCCUUCGGAUGGCGACUUUUGCGCUGGAAAAAUGGACACCUUCUAA